AGGGGCGGGCGCAGGCUGCGGGGUCGGCACGGAGGAUGCACGCGGGGCUCCUGGGGCUCUCGGCCCUGCUGCAGGCGGCCGAGCAGAGCGCGCGCCUUUACACCAUGGCUUACUACUUCACCACAGGACGGCUUCUGUGGGGGUGGCUGGCCCUUGCUGUCCUCCUGCCCGGGUUCUUGGUCCAGGCCCUGAGCUACCUGUGGUUCCGAGCAGACGGGCAUCCAGGGCAUUGCUCCUUGGUGAUGCUGCACCUCCUACAGCUUGGUGUUUGGAAGCGGCACUGGGACGCUGCACUGACCGCUCUGCAGAAGAAACAGGAGGCUCCCCACCGAGGCUGGCUGCAGCUGCAGGAGGCCGACCUGUCGGCCCUUCGACUCUUGGAGGCCCUGCUGCAGACCGGGCCCCACCUGCUGCUUCAGACAUAUGUUUUUCUAGCCUCAGACUUCACAGAUAUUGUGCCAGGGGUGAGCACCCUGUUCUCCUGGUCCUCACUCUCCUGGGCACUGGUGUCCUACACUCGCUUCAUGGGCUUCAUGAAGCCAGGCCACCUGGCCAUGCCAUGGGCCGCCCUCUUCUGCCAGCAGCUCUGGAGGAUGGGCAUGCUGGGAACCCGCGUGCUGAGUCUGGUUCUGUUCUACAAAGCCUACCACUUUUGGGUUUUUGUGGUUGCAGGUGCCCACUGGCUGGUGAUGACAUUCUGGCUUGUCGCCCAGCAGAGUGACAUCAUCGACAGCACCUGCCACUGGAGGCUGUUCAACCUGCUCGUGGGGGCCGUGUACAUCCUCUGCUACCUCAGCUUCUGGGACAGCCCUUCUAGAAAUAGGAUGGUCACAUUCUACAUGGUCAUGCUGUUGGAGAACAUCAUCCUGUUGCUGUUGGCCACUGACUUUCUCCAGGAGGCAUCGUGGACCAGCCUGCAGACCACAGCUGGGGUCCUGUCUGGAUUUCUGAUCGGCAGUGUUUCACUGGUAAUUUAUUACAGCCUGCUGCAUCCAAAAUCCACAGACAUCUGGCAGGGCUGCCUAAGGAAGUCCUGUGGCAUUGCAGGAGGUGAUAAAACAGAGAGAAGAGCUUCUCCCCGGGCCACAGAUCUAGCUGGGAAGAGAACCGAGAGCUCAGGCUCAUGCCAAGGGGCAAGUUAUGAGCUAACCAUUUUAGGGAAGCCCCCUACCCCUGAGCAGGUCCCCCCAGAGGCUGGGCUGGGGACCCAGGUUGCUGUGGAGGACUCUUUCCUCAGUCAUCACCACUGGCUGUGGGUGAAACUUGCCCUAAAAACAGGAAAUGUGUCUAAGAUCAAUGCUGCCUUUGGAAAUGACAGUCCUGUCUAUUGUCCACCUGCAUGGGGGUUGAGUCAACAGGACGAUCUGCAGAGGAAGGCCCUGUCUGCCCAGCAAGAGCUCCCAUCCUCAUCCCGUGACCCCUCAACCUUAGAGAACGGCUCUGCAUUUGAAGGUGUCCCUAAAGCAGAGGCCGACCCAUUGGAAACCUCAUGUUACGUAUCUUUUGCCAGCAAUCAGCAGGAUGAAGCACCUACCCAGAACCCAGCAGCCAUGCAGGGGGAGGGCACCCCAAAGGAAGGAGCCGAUGCUGUUUCUGGGACACAGGGGAAGGGGACAGGUGGGCAGCAGAGAGGAGGGGAAGGACAGCAGAGUUCCACAUUGUACUUCAGCGCCACUGCAGAAGUGGCCACAUCCUCACAACAAGAAGGCAGCCCAGCUACUCUGCAAACGGCCCACUCUGGAAGGAGGAUGGGAAACAGCAGUCCUGCCCAGCCUACAUCGCCCCACCCAGUGGGCUUGGCGCCCUUCCCCGUCACCAUGGCCGACAUUAGCCCCAUCCUAGGCACAGGCCCAUGCAGAGGCUUCUGCCCCAGUGCAGGCUUCCCUGGAAGAACCCUCAGUAUCUCAGAGCUAGAGGAGCCACAGGAGCCCACAAGGGACCUAAGUCACCAUGCAGCUGUUGAUGUGUGGAUGUCGUUGCCACAGCUGAGGACUGCCCAUGAGCCCUGCCUCACAUCCACCCCUAAGUCUGAGUCUAUCCAAACGGACUGCAGCUGCAGGGAACAGAUGAAGCAAGAGCCGAGUUUUUUCAUCUGACCACAGUCAUUGUGGGAUAAGACAACAGGCUGACAAACCAAGCUGGUCAUUUGGUGCAGUGAGAGGAGAAAUCCCACUUCUGACACCUGUGUCCUUGGGCACAUCACUGUCACCUCUGAAUCUCCAUCUGCAUCCCUGCAAAAUGAGGAAACAGGGCUGGAUGAUUUCGCAGGUCCAAUGUAAACAUCACAGACCUCACCCAUGCAUAGGAGAGACUCUAACACACUUUAGAGGAGAAGAAAGAGACUCCAGUCAAAAUUGUCUGCUGCCUUUUAUGAGCUGUAGGUUCCCUUAUUUUAUCUUUUGGCUGUGGCUUCUAGGAAACACAAAGGUAGAACCCAGAUUCCUAUUUUAUUUGAGAUUCUUGUUACAAUUAGCUUUGCCUCACACUUAGUGGUUAUGAAUCUCAUUUUAAGAUAUUCUAACUGCAUUAUGUUAUGAAAUCUCCUGGUAAGAUAAUUUGAAUGCUUUCUGGGAGUAGAUAAGGCCUGUGUGCUUGCAAUAACUAACAUAACUGAAAGUGCAAAUGUCAUUCUAAGGUUCCCAUAUCUUUUGGUUAGGGGACAAUAUUAGAGCUUUUAAAAAGGAAGGGUAGACUCAGCUCAGCCUCACGCAUGCUAAGGGCACAUGUACACAUUUUCUGCAAUUUGCUCUCAGACCAUCAGCAUCCUCCUGGCCAGGCGCAUAAAUGUAUUUUUCUGUGAAAUGUGCAGCUCCCCUUCGUGCAGGCUGGCCAGCCAGGAGUUCCCUUCCAGCUCCCACUGCUGCUUUCCACCCCAUCUCCUUUAUCUCCAAGCUUUGUUCCCACUUCCAUUCGAUGUGAGACACUAUCCAUGAUUUAAGCCCAUCCAAUAAGAAGGGAGCAAACGUCCAUUCCUCUCGCACUCUCCUUCUCUCUGACUCCUCCACUCUAAAGUGUUCUUUGUGGCUAGGUAUUUCCAUCAUUUCUUUAAGCCUUCCUUUGUAGCUGAUUAAGGAAGUCCAGUCAUAAACCAUCAAAGAGAAAGGCACACAGACAGCUGGAUGCUAUUUAGGGAUGGGUAUUUUUGUUUUGUUUUGUUUCAUUUCAUUUGUUUAUUUGUUGAGACAGGGCCCCUCUGUCACCCAGGCUGGAGUGCAGUGGCAUGAUCAUGGCUCACUGCAGCCUCAACUUCCAGGGCUUAAGCGAUCCUCUCGCCUCAGCCUCUCGAGUAGCUGGGACUACUGGCAGGUGGGCACCAUGCCCGGCUACUUUUUUGUAUUUUUUGUAGAGAAACGUUCUUGCCAGGUUGCCCAGGCUGGUCUCCAAUUCCUGAGCUCAAGCGAUCUGCCCACCUCGGCCUCCCAAAGUGCUGGGAUUAUAGGCAUGGGCCACCGUGCCCAGCCAGAAUGGGUCGUUUUUAUUCUCUCCAAACACUUUUGGAUUAGGGUACAAUAUUAGAGCUCUAACAAGGAAUAGUAGAAUAACUUAGCUCAGCCUGACACAUACUAAGGGCAUGUGCAGACACUUUCUGCAAUAAGCUGUCAGACCAUCAGCAUCCUCCUGGCCAGCCACAUAAGCCAAUCGGGGAUGGCAGACAAGUGGCUACAAACUUUCCAUACAACAGGUGAAGAUAACGAGACUUUGGGUCAGAUGCAGGGGCUCACACCAGUAAUCCCAACACUUUGACGGGCUGAGGCGGGAAGAUCACUUGAGGCCAGAAGUUCGAGACCAGCCUGGGCAAUGUAAUGAGACCCCACCACUACUAAAAAUACAAAAAUUAUCUUGGUGUGGUGGCACACACCUGUAGUCCCAGCUACUCGAGAGGCUGAGGCACGAGAAUCGUUGAACUGGGAGGCAGAGGUUGCAGUGAGCUGAGAUCGUACCAUGGCAUUCCAGCCUGGGCAACAGAGCAAGACUCUAUCUAAAAAAAAAGUUUGUUAAUAGAACAAAAUCAUUCAUAGUUCCAUUCACUGUGCUAUCCCAGCGUCUCAGUCCUUCCUCCAUGCAGUCUCCUGCCCAGCCAGGUGAGAGCAUGAGCGUCUUCCCUGAGUCCUCACCAGCCCUCCCCAUUUGUCCUCCAAGACUCCACUCAAACAUCACCUCUUGGUGCCUUUCUGGGCCCUCCCCGGCUCCAGCUGUCCCAGACCUACCCUCUGUCCCCAGGUUGUACUCCACUGCCCUUUGCCCUCUGGUGACCUCUUCCUAAACUUGAAGCCCUGCCUCCCUGAAGGCUAAUUAACGGUUGCAGUCCUCAUUCUGGGCUAACUCCAAGGUCCAGCAGAGUGUCUGGCAAAAGUAGGCGUUAGGGCAUUCAACAGCAUGAAUUCACUCACGAGCGGGGCUGUGGGCAUGAAUUUCAGCUUGAGUGCCUAUCCUGGUUCAACGGCAUUUGUGUUAUGGGGUAAAAGUAAGGGUGAGAUAUGCUGAAUUUGCUCGUUCUUUUCAAACUUUCUAGCCCUGAAUAACCUGGAAAGCUAGAAAUACUCUUCAUUCAUUCAUUCAUUUAAGGAAUAUUAGUUGAGUAUGACAGGCACGGAGUAUGCAGAAAUCAAGGCAUGUACUUGCUGUUCGAGGCCCCGUGGACCAUCAUGGGCUUCUCAAAUGGCUUCCUCACUUCAUGCCUCCAGAAAGCAUAUUGCCCGGUGAUGAAAAGGAUCAGAAAAUAUACAUUAUAUUUAUUAGAGAAGACUAAUAAAUGGACACUUAAUUCAAAAAUGCUUGCUGAGCACCUAUCGAAUGCUAGUCAUUAGGAUCACAGAGCUACACAGAAGAAAUGUGCCAGGUGCCCACGGCGUCAGUGGGAGAAGCAGGUGAGAGCUUUAUGGAGUCCCCUCUGAGACAGCUGCAGGAUCCCGCAGCAGGUCAGCUUAACAAGGGCAUGAUUGUCAUCUUCAGGGACCUGACACUGUUCUGUAGGGAGAGAUCCUAUUUUCUUCCUGCAGUUUCUUAUGAGCCAUGAAGAAACUCCUUAGGGCUCCAGACAGGAUCUUUAAGACAGAGUUACCCAAAGGUGGACAAGGCUGUCCCUGGAGAUGAGUGCAUAAAGCCAGAACAGCCCCUUAGUGAAAUGACUAAGAAGGAACCUCAAGGACUAGAAGAUGCAGCUGAAAGUGACUUUCCAGGUCCUGACCUGGAGCUUCAGUGGCUGGGCAUGGGUAGCAAGGAGGCACACAGCAGGUGGAGACUUUAAGGUCUGUUCCAGGACAUUUUCCAUUCUUUUAUUUUUAUUUUUACUUUUUUGGUAGAGAUGGCAUUUCAUCAUUUUGGCCAGGCUGGUCUUGAACUCCUGACCUCAGGUGAUCCACCCACCUCAGCCUCCCAAUGUGCUGGGAUUGCAGUCAUGAGCCACUGUGCCCAGCCCAUUUUCUACUAUCGAGAAGAAGGGAAGAACCAGAGAAUGAAAACCAGUGCAUCGGGAGAGACCUGAAGACGAGCACGUCGGCUUCCUGUUCUCAUGGAGCCUCUGUGGGUCAGGUUUUGCAAUUAUCCAAGAUAACCAGCCUUGAGUAUCCAUGACGCUUCACCCCAGGACAACUCAUGCCUCUGCCUGUGGAAGGACACAGAGGACCUCAGUGGGGAUGGAAGAAGGGCCUUCUCCUUGUCACCAGCUCCCAGGACUGAAUAUUCACUGCUGUCUUGGGGAGAAGGGACUGGGUGGUGCCUUGGGCCUCACUAGCCCCCAUGUGGAACUUUGUGGCUGGGCCCGUGGAGCACAACCAUGACAUUUGGAGACAGCUGUGCUAAUGCCCUUCAGACAAACACCACCAGGAACCCCCUGUAACUGAACCAGUUGGGUUUACGAUUCUUCUCAGCAAAGAAGCACACACGCCAUGGGGGACUGUGGGGCCGCUCGUGAAAGGAGAUUGGAAAGGACUUACAGGAUUUGGGCUUUGCUGGGUGAAUCUGGGGAGGGUCUAGGGAAGCCAGGUCUACUCAGGGUUGGGAGCAAUGCUGUGACUGGGUAUUGCAGUCAGUUGCAUCUGUAGGGAGGGACUCAAGCAAGCAUAAAGCUGCCAUGGGUAAAGAAGCAGUCAUCACCCACUUAGUGGGAAAGGGGGAGCCUGGUGUUUUGUGGCUGCAUGGUGACCUUUGGUCUUGCUGUGUCACGGUCUCCAGUGGCCACGUCAGAGGCUUCUCACAGAGGUGUCCUGUGAGAAGCUUUGUGGCCAAUAGGAGAACACCAGGGCCGGCCUUAAGCAUCAGACCAGGUCCCAGAGUUCAGGGACUGCUCUUUUCUUCAUUAGAUUAGUGGUAGUUUUGUAGAUGUUUGGUAGCCUAAAUAUUAUCUAUUGGAUCACAACCGAAACAGUAGCUUUUCCUGAGUCCCAGCGGCGGCUCACUCAUCCUCCAGCUAUGUCUGGACCCGAGUUUGCAUUUCAGCCCUUCCCGUCCUUAGUGCAGAGCAGACCUCACGUAGACUGGCUGCAUUUGUCCACAGCGUACACUGACGUCCGGAGAAAGCGGAAACAGCCGUGUCUAUCACAGAAGCCCAAGGUCACACAACUGUGACCCACCUGCCCGAGGGCGAGGCUGAGCCAGUGCAGAUAGCGGGAUGCUCCUCACAGGCCCGCAGGAAGGACAGGGGCCGGCCCUGCCCAUGCUGUGCCACGUCCAGUGCGUGAGAAGCUCCCGCUUGAGUCACCACGUCUGUCCCGAGAGAGGUACGACCUCCUCCUUUCCCCAACGCAGGGAGUAUGCGAGGCAAAGCCAUACUCGUGGGAGAACUCUCCAAGUCCAUAGUGAGCAGGGUGCGGAUUCUCCCGGUAUUUCCACCCACUCACCCUCCAUUUCCACCAGAUUCACCCUCCUUUCCCACCCAACCACCCUCCAUCCCCACCCUUCCCACCCACUCACUCCCAUUCCCACCCACUUACCCCCCAUCCUCACCCUCUCACCCUCCAUCCCCCCCAACUCACUCUUGUCCCAUCCAUUCACCCUCCAUCCCCCACCCCCACUAGGUCCUUUCCAGCCUCCCCCUCCAUAAAACUGUGUGCCCUGAAAGAUCGCUCCUCGCCUCAGGGACUCCUCCCUCCACUUGUCCGCUGUGUCUGCCCAGACUUGGUGCUGCGGAGAUCCAUCCUCAAGCAAACACCAGCGUACUUGUAGGCCGUUCUCCUGGGCUGCAGUCUCCUCCUGUCUCUGUCUCCUCUUCUGAUGCCUCUUCCUCAGGAGGUGGCCGUCACCCACAACUUCACAAUGGCAUUUCCCCUCAGAGCAUCGAUCCUCCGUCUGCUGCGGCAGCUACCAGGUCACUUCCCUCUUGGCCCAUGCAGGUACCCCUCCUGUGCCCUGGGCCACAGACUGCAUGGCACUGCUGUCUCUACCAAAAGCAGGGAACCGCUGCUAUCCAGGACCUGUGGAAAAUUAGGCUUGAUUUAAAUGAAUGUUUCCAUACCAAUUAUAAGCUCCUUAGGGCAGGAAAUUUUGUUCAACUCUCUGUCCCCUUGAGACCCUGCUUGAUAAAUGGCUCAUGGCAAGUACUCUUACCGUGGAAUUUGAUUUCCAGGCUUUUCUGAAUGACUCAGGAUUUUACCUCCAGAAGCAAAGCUUCUGAACACACAUUUUGUAGGCGGGUCUUUGCGGAAACAUUUUCACUCCCUCCCCUGUCCUCUGUAGCGGAGAACUCUGACAUCUCAGAACAUGGUCGCUUCUCUCUUUCCUGCUCAAAGGAGCUGUUUACAAAGUGUGGGGUAGAGUUAGGAAACCCAGGAGGAAUGGCAGAGCGCUCCGCCUGCGGCUGCAGCCCUGAGGGCAGGAGUGGGGCUGCUGUCGGCCCCCAGAGAGAGUGCUCGCCGCCCUUGGUCCCCCGUGUCUGAGCUGUGCUGUUGGUAAGGACUGCAGCCAACCCCCAGUGACCUGGCAGGAGAAGAUACGUGUCCUGCCCUUCUGCUAGGACCACCAGCAUCGGCCAGACCUAACCAACGACGUGGAGUCUCCACGCAGUCUAUAAAAACCAGCUCCCAUGGCCUGGGACAGGGCGAAGAGUCAGUCUGGAAGGGAGAACUGAAGACAACUGGCACUGCUACCGCGCUGAGAUGCCUCGGGGACUUGUCUUACUCGCUGCCAAGCACUUGGCCCCUGCAUCAAAUGGCCCCCAAGCUGUGGCCUUUUAAAAUAUGUGUGUCCACUUCU